UAAAGUUAAAAUUGAUUAAGUGGAUUAUAUGUGUACACAUAAAUCAAUAUUAAUAAUAUUAUUAUGCGUACAAUGAUUACAUCUUCAAAAAUUAAAUUAGUUCGAUCAGUGGCGUAUCCAGGAAUCAUUUUACGGAGGUGUUUUAAAAUUAAUUAGACUUAUAGAAGGUGGGGGACCCCCCACAUUCCCGUACUACAUUAACAAAGACCAUGUAUUUAUAAUUAUUAUUUUAGGCACACGUGUCGUAUGCUAUCUACCGUAUCUACGUUAUCUACCGUAAUCGUAUCGAUAUUGUAUUUCUAUAUAUUAUAUAUAUAUUUAUAAUUCCUUUAGGAAUUUCAAAGUUAUUUUGUAUUUUAGAAUUUAGUAUGUAUUCGUUGAUCGCCGAGAUCAAACGUCGUAGUUGUGUGUUUUUCAUUAAUUGUAAAUGUAUGGUUUUAUAAAAUGAGUACUUUGGGUGAAUUAUAUAGAAAAAUUAUUUUUAAUGACGAAACUUGUAUACAAUUUUUAAAAGAUCGUGAUUUAUUACCGAAUACAAAACUGUGUACAAAAUUAAAUUCUAUUGGAGAAGAAUGUGGUGGUGAAAUGAAUGAAACUUUAAAAAAAAAUCGAAAACGUGAUGUAAAUGGAGAUAUUAUUAUAACAAAAUAUUUACGAUGUAAAAAAAAGGGUUGUCAAACAUGGCGAUCCAUUCGUAAAGAAAAUCCAUUUUUCACUUACACCGACAAAAAUGGAAAAAAUAAUAGUGGAUUAAGUUUAUGCGAAAUAUUGAAACUUGUUUGGUGCUGUGCAAAACAAUUUCAAAAUAUACAAACAGAAAAAAUUACUGGUAGAGGACAUCACACAGUGUCAAAUUGGUAUAAUUUGUGUCAAGACGUUGUCGUCGAACAGUUUAAACAUCGAGGAAAAAUGGUAGGUAAAGGAUACAUCGUACAAAUUGACGGGUCACUUUUCCAAGGCAAACGAAAGUACAAUAGAGGCAGAAUACGGCUUGGAGAUCAUAGACCUAAUGAUAAUGCAAAAUCCUAUUCUGAUUCAAGUUCUGACGAAGAAAAUCAAAAUAUUGAAAACCAAAAUAGAAAUAACGGCAAAACAAUUUCAAAAUAUACAAACAGAAAAAAUUACUAGUAGAGGACAUCACACAGUGUCAGAUUGGUAUAAUUUGUGUCAAGACGUUGUCGUCGAACAGUUUAAACAUCGAGGAAAAAUGGUAGGUAAAGGAUACAUCGUACAAAUUGACGGGUCACUUUUCCAAGGCAAACGAAAGUACAAUAGAGGCAGAAUACGGCUUGGAGAUCAUAGACCUAAUGAUAAUGCAAAAUCCUAUUCUGAUUCAAGUUCUGACGAAGAAAAUCAAAAUAUUGAAAACCAAAAUAGAAAUAACGGAAAUCGCGUUCAAGGGCCUUGGGUGUUUGGUAUGUGCUGCUUACGUCAAGAUAAUAUUUUGGAGCGCCGUUAUUUUAUAGUUGAUAAAAGAGGUCGUGAAACAUUACUUCCCAUAAUUGUGGAAGAAAUAGAAUCUGAAACCACAAUUUAAUCAGAUGAAUGGAGAGCUUACAGUACUCUUAAAGAACAUGGUUUUCUUUACCAAACUGUUAAAAAAAGCAAAAACUUUAUAGAUCCACGUGCAGGUGCUCAAACACAGACUAUUGAAUGCUUAUGGAAACACAUGAAAGUAAAGUAUGGAAUCAGAGCUCGUGGAGCGACCAAUCUCCUUGAAAGAUAAUUGCAAGAAGAAUGGUGGAGAUCCGUCAAUCAAAAAAAUGUUUUUGAAUGUUUUUUACAAGAUGUAAAAAAAUAAAAAAAAAAUAAAAUAUGAACAACUGUUAACAAACGGGCUAUUUAAAAUAGGACAACUGUGAACCAACAGGCAUUGAGCAGGUUAGUAACUUGAGUUUAUAGAUUUUUAUAUAGGAUUUAUUUGGUAGAUAGCAUACGACACGUAUGCGUAGAUUUUUGUAGAUAUAAUUUUUUUGGUAGAUAGUAUACGACACGUGUGCCUUAUUUUAAAACAGUAUGUUUAAGAUCUACAAGUUGCAUAAAACUUGUAUAUUCUAUAUCACAUCAAAUAAAUAAUACACUAUACUACUGGUACUAAAAAAAUAUGAAAUUCAAUACAAUGAAAAUAAAUUGGUGGUGUAUUAUUUAUUGGAUUUAUGUAGAUCAAAUUGCACUGUGUUUUU